AUGUGGCUUGUGGAAGAUUGUCCUGUUUUAUCUAGCAUCUGUAAUGCAAUACCAUAUUAUAUGUGUUUUCUGCUGUCAUUUUUAAUAUUUUUAUCGCCCAUCGACCCAACUCGGGCAGCACAAGACUUCACGGCGUAUCGGUUAGCACAAUAUGAUAUCCAAGGCUCGAUAAUAGGAAGUCGGACCGCACCUCUGUCGUGUGACAUUCAGGUUGCUUCCUCCAGAACCUACGCCAGACGUUGUCCUAUCGUCAAACUUGCGGAGAUCACUGUCGAAGGCAUCAAGAAUGCUAUAUUUAAUAAUGCUGGCGGGAUUAUUGUUCUACUCCCCUCUGAUAACUGGACGGACGAACUGCGUUCGGUAUAUUCCUAUUGUUCCCAUGCUGACUUUAUGAAGCACUGGCACUAUUUAGAAACAGAACUUAAAUCAGAGGAAUUCCAGGUCCCCGUCUAUUUCGCAAUCGAGAACGAGUAUUCUAAGAACAUAUACGACAACCUCCAAAAAAUGUCCCGCGAUUUGGAUCAGAGUGCGGGAUCAGGCAUUUUCGAAGCCAUUUUUUCGACCGGGUAUCGAGUGUACAUCAACAGUCGUCCCGCUGCUCCUCUCAAGAAUGUAGAACUCGUUAACAUCGAAGGAAAGAUAAUUUCUAAUUCAUUUGACACCAAGAAACCCACAGUGCUUCUGACCGCUUAUUAUGAUGCUGGUGGUAUUAUUCCCGCUUUAGCUUACGGUGCUGAUGCGAAUGCUGGUGGGGUUGCAGUUCUUCUUGAGGUGGCACGCAUCAUUGGCCAACUUACAGAUGCCAAAAAUUCUCCAAAAUAUAAUAUAAUUUUCCUGCUAACCAGCGGAGGAAAGUUUAACUUCCUCGGUGCUAGGCGUUGGCUUGAAAUGAACUUAGAGGAUACGGCUGGUCUUGCGAUACUAGAUUCGGUCGCCCAAGUCAUUUGUUUGGAGGGUCUGGGAGAGAAUUUUGAUGAUCGUCUACGCCUCCACGUUUCUAGGGUGCCACGAGAUGGGAGCUUCAGCCAAAAGCUCGUGUCAACCCUGGAACUCGCCGCGAAACUUCAUCCGCUCUCGGAUUCCCAUAUGAAGCGACCUCUUGAUAAUGAGACUCAAAUUGAAGUCGUCCACAAGAAAAUUAAUCUAAAUCAAUAUGACCUAGCCUGGGAACACGAACGCUUUUCACUGUACCGUUUGCCCACGGCAACAUUCUCCUCCUGGCCUACACCAAGUACCUAUAAGUAUCGUCAAUCUGUCCUGGAUGGCGGACCUCUCUCUGGCCGAGCAGCUCCUUCCCGAGGCUAUUGGGGGCCAGUACAACCGGAGAUUCUCGCUCGCAACACGCGGGUCCUCGCGGAAGCUCUCGUGAAACUGUUACACCACCCUCUUUCUCGCCCCGCGGCCGCCUCCACGGCAGGUGCUCGCACCGGCUCCGACUCCGCGGACAAGGUUGGCACUGAUGCUGGUGAAGAUCGUUUCCAUCUAGUUGUUCGACUUGUAGCACAUCUCACGAACAACUCAAGCAAGAAACUCAAGGCCUAUUAG